GAAAAUGUUGGAGAUUCACUCUUCUCCUCGUCCUCCUGACUCCCUCCCCAAUCAAUGACGUCGCGGCACGCGCGGAGCGGAGACCUUAAAAUCAGCGUGAGCUGCGGGAGCACGCAGAGCCGCACAGUGCAGGGGCCACGCUGGUUCCGCUUGGAUCUUCCCAGCCUAUUUACGCUUUAAACUUCCUCCUUUGACCAACUCCGAAGCUGCUUUUAGUUGCAUGAAACUUUCUUGACGCAGGCCCGUUCCGCUCCGAGGCUCCAUUGCGCGCGCGUCAUUUUGGCACCAUGGAGGCUUUCACGGUCCCCGGAGCUCAGCUCUCGCUGUCCGACCUGUACUCCGUCAUCCCCUUCAACGUGACGCUCCCGGACGAGGGCGGCGGGUUGCAGAACCUGACCGAGCAGCGGCAGCCGGUGCGUGGCGCGGCGGGAAUGAUCAUAGCCGUGUCCAUCACUGCGCUCUACUCCCUUAUCUGCGUCGUGGGACUGCUGGGAAACGUGCUGGUCAUGUACGGGGUGGUCAGGUACACCAAGAUGAAGACUGCUACAAACAUUUACAUCUUCAACUUGGCUCUGGCUGACGCCCUGGCCACCAGCACACUGCCUUUUCAAAGUGCCAAAUACCUGAUGAACACCUGGCCCUUUGGAGAAUUUUUGUGCAAAGUUGUUAUCGGCAUCGACUACUACAAUAUGUUCACCAGUAUCUUCACCCUGACCAUGAUGAGCGUGGAUCGCUACAUCGCCGUGUGCCACCCAGUCAAGGCGCUGGGAUUUCGAACACCUGCCAAGGCUAAGAUGAUCAACAUUCUGAUCUGGAUCUUAUCUUCUGCAAUUGGUGUGCCUAUUAUGAUCAUGGCUGUGACCAAAGUGACAGAUACCAAUAAAACUACUUGCAUGCUGAGCUUUCCUGAUCCAGACUGGUACUGGGACACUGUCAUCAAGAUCUGCGUGUUCAUCUUUGCUUUCGUGGUUCCUGUAAUGGUCAUUACCGUCUGCUAUGGCCUGAUGAUCCUGCGCCUAAGAAGCGUCCGCUUGCUCUCGGGCUCAAAGGAAAAAGAUCGCAACAUGCGUCGAAUCACUCGAAUGGUCCUGGUGGUGGUGGCAGCUUUCAUCGUCUGCUGGACCCCCAUCCACAUUUUUAUAAUUGUAAGGACCAUGGUGGAGGUUGACACCAGGAAUCCCUUUGUGGUUGCCAGCUGGCACCUGUGCAUCGCCUUAGGCUACACCAACAGCAGCCUGAACCCUGUCCUCUACGCCUUUUUGGAUGAAAAUUUUAAGAGAUGUUUUAGGGAUUUCUGCCUUCCGUGUCGGACCCGUGUGGAACAGAACAGCAUGACCAGUGGCCGGAACACUACCAGGGAGCCGGUGUCCGUCUGUGCUCCUGCAGAGGUAGGAAGAAAGCCAGCAUGACUAGGCAUGGACCGGAUCCCCAACAGUUCUCACCAGAGGAGGAUCCAUCAAGAUUUGCAAUCAGAGGUGACGCUGAUCUCUACAACAGAGUUUUAGCGAUAGAAAAAUCUCAGAAGAUGACUUAGAGUUUUUGGCCUGAUGUGCGAGAGUUAAAAAAGCCAGAGCCUUUGGUUUUGCUGUCAAAAAUGAGCUGUUUUUGUCUGCAGCAGGAGGUGUGAUGUCACAUACAGGUUGUGGCAGUAUGGAUCUAAAGGCAAGAUUAGGUCAGUGCAUUCAUUUGUGUUAUCAAAGACAAAUGUUAUUCCUGUAGAAAUGGACAAAUGUGUAGGGGAUCUUCAAGAGGAGCCAGAUCUCGUGGGGCCGCACACCGGGAUGCCAACAACUGCUCAUCUUUGGACUUCAGAAAAAAGUGGGUGCACUCAUGAGCACUGAAACAGUCAUUUAAAACCUGAUGCCUAUUGUACCUGACAGUAGUUCAGAACUUCAAAUCCCAACUCAGCUGGGUUUGACAGAAAGGCAGGGACCCAUUUAAGUCAUGCUCAGUUUUUAUGGGGAUCUUUUCUUGCCCUCAGGAAUGUCUGAAGAGUGGAAACCUGUGUGGAAAAGUCAUAACUUUUAGGCAACUUUCAUACUCGGGGUCUCUGCUGGAUUUAAUGGGCAAAAAAAGUCAGUCAUCAUGCCAGGUUUAGCUUUGUAGUCAGGAGGAGGUAUGGCACAUCGUCGCAAAAAUCAAAGCAGAUGAAUGAAAAAUGUUCUUUUGUAAAUAAUUUCAAGCUUAUUGCAUUUCAACAAUGGUUUGUGCUUGUACCUUUUUUGUUCCACCUAUGAUGUUUCAUGUUUUGAUGUCUAUUUAUUAGGUAAUUAUUUCAAAUGUAUAAAUGACAGAAGAUGCUUAGCUAAUUAGAAACAGAAUUUUUUUUUCUUAUUUAUAGACUUUGUUUGCAGUGACUGAGGACUAAAAUCUGAUAAUUGCAUUUUUAAUGUGCAGCAGUGAAUGGGUAUUUCUGCUGGAUAAGGCGCUUGUGCAUAUUUUGUAAAUGACUGUAGCAUAUAUCUGCUCUGGUUUGUUAUAAGAAAGUUUUGUUAGUUUGAAAAUGUUGAUUAGAUGUCUGUGUUAGUUUUUGCAAACUAAAAUAAAGUGGUUGUGGAAUUCAUUCCAAUCA